CUAAAAUAUUUUUAAAAUUUUAAUUUAGUAAAACAAUUGCAUUUGAUUACUCUAUACAAUAAUUUUAAGAAAUUCUUAAAAGUGUAAUAAUGAAACUAAUUUUAGCAUUAUUUUUAAUUAUUUUUAUUUCAUUUGCGUAUGCCGAUAUUCCAACACGUUGCCUUCUACCAUUUACAUCAGGAUUUGGUAGAGCUGGAAUACCAAAAGUAUAUUUUAAUUCAGCAUCAAGAGAAUGUGAAGAUUUUAUAUGGGGUGGCUUAGAACGUGGUUCAAAUGAUAAUCGUUUCGAUACUAUCGAAGAAUGUGAAUCCUUUUGUAAAUAAUAUAAAACGAAUUCAUAUAUUAUAUAUAUAUACAUAUGUAUAUAAUAAAAUUCUGUAUAUAAUAUAUAGACUAAAAAUAUAAACUAUGAUAAAUUAUAAUAACAAAUGAAUUGUGUGUAUUAAAAAUAACUCAUUUUUAAUUUUAUUAUCCAAGAGUCAAAAU